AGCCCUGCCUGCACGCCUCCCCCCCCAAGCAUCACUGACCCCAGAGAGGCCAAUUGACCCAUCGAGAUGGCUUCCGACACAGCCUCAGAGCCGCGGCGUACGUUGGAAACUCCACCCCGCCGCCCGUGUCGCCGAUUGAGGCUCGAGAGUUGGGAGACGCGGCGCGCGAUCAACGGCUAGCGAAACUGACAAGCCCUGAAUAGAAGCGACCCGCGAGGAGAUGCGGGAGGCCCGCCUCCCCAUCGCCUACAGAGACAGCUGCGCCCACCUUCUGAUUCCGCUCAACAAGUGCCGGAGAGACACGUGGUAUGCGCCCUGGAAGUGCGGCGACGAGCGGCACUCGUACGAAAAGUGCCAGUACGUCGAGUUCAAGAAGCGGGUGGCCAAGAUGAACGAGCUGCGGGAGGCCAAGGGCGGCGAGAGGAGCAACUGAGCUGGCCGACGCGAUGGCGACGACGACGAUGACGAGCGAGCGAGCGAGCGACCGCGCGGACGGAUGGACGUGUACAUAUAUUGUCGGCAGGCGACGACGCUCGAAAUAGAGGCUUAGACAACAAUGGGC